AUGAGCGCGGCGCCGGGUGCCCGGGGCCAUGCGUGCGCCGUUGGGCCGCCGGCGUCGCCCGCGCGCUCCGUGCUGCGGCACGUGCAGCUGGAGAACCUGGCGGCCGGGCUCAGCGGCGGCGUCGUGUCCACGCUGGUGCUGCAUCCGCUGGACCUGGUGAAGAUCCGCUUCGCAGUGAAUGACGGAUUGGAGCUGAGGCCAAAAUACAAUGGGAUUCUCCACUGUAUGACCACUGUCUGGAAGCGUGAAGGACUACGAGGCUUGUACCAAGGGGUAACUCCCAACAUGGUGGGAGCAGGGGCUUCCUGGGGACUUUAUUUUUUCUUUUACAAUGCCAUCAAAGCUUAUAAGAAGGAAGGGAAGCUGGAGAGUCUCACUGCAACCGAACACCUGGUAUCAGCUGCAGAAGCAGGAGCCAUGACUCUCUGUAUUACAAACCCAAUAUGGGUAACGAAGACGCGACUUGUAUUACAAUACGACGCUGGUGUUGAUCCCUCAAAGCGACAGUACGCAGGAAUGUCUGAUGCUCUUAUAAAGAUAUACAGGACAGAGGGCAUACGUGGCUUGUAUAAGGGAUUCGUUCCUGGUCUGUUUGGAACUUCACAUGGAGCACUUCAGUUCAUGGCAUAUGAGGAUUUGAAACAGAGAUACAACAAGUACAGAAACAGAGUGUCAGACACAAAAUUGAACACUGCAGAAUACAUAAUGAUGGCAGCUGUAUCCAAAAUAUUUGCUGUAACAGCAACGUAUCCCUAUCAAGUUGUACGGGCUCGUCUUCAAGAUCAGCAUAAUAGAUACUCUGGUGUGUUAGAUGUGAUCCGCAGGACAUGGAGGAAAGAAGGAAUCCAUGGAUUUUACAAAGGAAUUGUCCCCAAUGUGAUCAGAGUGACUCCUGCGUGCUGCAUUACCUUCGUAGUUUAUGAAAAUGUGUCAGGUUUUCUACUUGGUUUUAGAAAAGAAAAUAACUAAAGGUAAAAGUUUCUAUUCAUAAAAAAUAUAUCAACAUAUCUUUAUUUUUUUAUAUUUAUGAUCUGGAAGAUAAUUACUUCAGCAGCUUAUUUUGACACUGUGAAUUGAUCUGGUAUUUUGAGGAAAGGAUUGUGAGAUAGUGAAACCCUGCCUACAUCCCCUCUGCUGAGGGUGCCUGUGUUGCUGCAUUCCUCUCCCUCUGAAUCAGCAGUGUCUGCUCAAAACAGAUGUCUGCAACUGUGAAGUAGCACUGUGCCUGGCUGAAGGCAGAUGUGCAGCAUUUCACCUCAUCCUGGCCUGCCUGGAAUAACGGACUAAUCUGCUUGACAGGUCUCCAGAUAACAAUUGGUCAGAUUGUACUACAGAAAACUUCAUAUAAAAGCAAUUCCUGCGUCUGAAACAUCUGAACUCUCUUAAGUCUUUAUCUGAGUCUCAUGAAGAAAAUUUGUAUGUAACUGCUUACAACAGUGUCUACAGAAUCCAUUUUUGUUACUUGUGAGAUUUUAGGUUAUGGAGUGCUCCAUGUUCCAUCGCUCAUCCGACACAAAAAAUGCAGCCUCAGUGGGGUGCAAUUUGGAAACUCAGAUUGCUUUGUAAAAUGGUCAGCCGUCCACUCCUGGUUUGCAGUAAUUGCAAAUUGAAAUCCACUUCUUGUCUCAUACCAAGACAGAGUUGCAGUGUGGUUUUUGGCUUGUUUUUAACACCAGACCAAAGUCUGUUGUGCACAUUGUUGGCAACUUAGUUCAUUUGAUUUCUCAUCGCCCCACCCUCCUCAGCCACAGCUCCAGGACUGGUACAUCUGACUAAAUGCUCCUUAUUUGAAAGGAGGCUUACUUAAAAAAAAAAAUAAUAAUAAUCCAAAUAAUUCACUAGUGAUGCAGUUUUAAAGCAACUUUAACAAAGACUGGUCUUUGGAAAAAAAAAAUCUAUAGGUUUUCUAAAAACUUUGUGCACAGGGCUUUCUUAAAAAACAUCUGAUUUAGUCUCAGAAGCGACUAAGACUAUUGCUAUACAGCAGUAAGCUGAAUUGCAGUAUGUUUCAGUGUGGUUGAAUAAUAAUGUUUAUUUUUAUUCCAAUAAUUGCUGACAGACAGAGGUGUUUAUUGGAGACUUGGGUUUAUCUGUUGUAGUUCAUUAUUAGGGAAAUAAUUUACUGAGCAUAACAUUUGCCUUCUACUGUGAGUAUGAAGGAGUAUCAGAUAUUAUCAACUGAGAAGGAAAGAAGGUAGGAAACAUUUUCAAUAGUUGAGGGGGAAUAAUGAGUUUUAUAUGAAGCAGAGAAUAUUUUCAUCUAGCUAAAAAUCUCAAUAACCACUUAGAGAAGUUGUUUUACAGAAAAUAACCCAGAGCAGAAAUAAGACUUUUUUUUUUUAAUUAAAGAGUUGGUUUUACUCUAGUUAAAUUUGAAAGUCUCCCAAAACCUGCUCGGUAUUUUGAAUCUCAGUUCAGCAACCUGGUUGCUUGUUUCUGUUGAUACUAUUGCCAUGCUUUGGGUGUUUGUUUGUUUGUUUUUUAGUAACACAGCUCCUCUUCCCCAGUCCCAUCCUCUCUGCUGUUACAGUUGAUAAUACAUUGUUAUCUCAUCUGAGAAAGCUGACUGGCUAUUUUUAAAUUAUUAUUAUUAUUAUUAGUAAAGCUUCCAUUGACAUUUAGAUGAAAAUCAAAAUUUACCAGAAGUUUACUGUGCAAAUUAACAAAGUCUUAAUAGCUACUACUUUCUUUUGCCUUUGGAAAGCUUUUACAUGGGUUUCUGUGUUUUCUAGUAUGCAGGGUCCAAAAUAUGCAGUGAAUAAACCAUAAAAAAGUAAUAAAAGAAGUCACGCACUUACUUCCCUGGAGCAGUGUGUUCCAGACCUGAACGGGACUUGAGAUGCAGGAUAAGCAUAAAGACAGGUCACUAGGACAUACACAGUUGUUGUUGCUGACUAACGUGCAGUAAAUUCACACCAUGGCUUAGCUCAUAGUGUCUUAGCUCACACUAUCUUCCCAACCAAUGAAACAGUAACAGUUCUCCAGAGACAAAGAGCAGCUGAGCAAGGUGCUGGCCUGCAGUAGCAUCACACGUAAGCUCACGGUGAGGAAAACCUGAAUGCUCUCUUACCUGCAGGUGUGUUCCUCUUUUAAAGGUGCAGAUGAACUAGCAAUUUAAGACAUGGCUGGGGAAAGUUUUAUAACCUGUUUAGAAGAAAAGCUAGGAUUUAGUAUCAAAUAGCUAAAAUAAAUCCAUCUCUCAGAUUUAAUGCUUUUCCAUUUAAUUUCUGGACAAGGUAUAUUUCUGCAUGUUAUACAUGCUUUUUGUUUUUCUUAUUGCAUUUAUGUGAAAUUUAUUUUGUAAUGUAAACACAAUUAUAUUUUCCCUUUAGAAUCUGCACUUUUUGAUGGUUUGAGUAUAUCACUUACUGUGUUGGGAAGAGAAUCCUUAAAGCACUGCUGCUAAUGCUGCACUAACUCCAAGGCACACCAUGGUCAGUGCUGCCACUCCUCAUUUCUUCUCCACUUUGGAGGCUGCAGUCAAAUAUCUGCAACAUCAUUCUUUCAGCUGAGCAGUCCACUUUAGGAAAGCCAAGGCAUUUCAGCCUGCCUUACUUCUGUAGCUUCCAAACCACUUCACAUAUCCAGCUUUCACACCAAAGUGAUUGUGUAUAUCUGACAGGCUAAACUCAGGAGAACUAUUUGUUGGGGAAAUGAAACCUGAGUUUUGGAACUGUAAAAAUACUCUGGUUUUUUUUCACAGAUGAUUAAUAGAUAUUUGCACUGAAAUCUGGUCUCUCAAGUGCAGGAGGGAAGUAAAGCUUGGAUAGUCUGUUUUUACUUAGUUGUUCAGAACAUAUUUAACACUCACUGAUCGUCACCAAGGUGCCAGUUAAGUCACAGGAGGUUGCUGGGAGACGUAAGACUUUAACAGCAGAGUAUCCAUUUCCACAUUGUUUCACAGGAGCAGAUGUUAUGUGUAUACAUUUCAAAGACUAACGCCAAGACCUGUACUUAUGUACAACUCUGAAGUCUUGUAAAACAAGUGUGUACCACAGUGCCGUGUCAAAUACCUUAAAGUUUGCUGACCAAUAAAAUACCUUGGAUGUUA